UUGACUCACCAGCCGCUAGCCUCCAGUAUAAGUACCAUCGGACAUCCAGCUCCAGAGAGCUUAUCAUCAUCCAACGUACCACCACGCAUUAGCUUGCUUGUGUGAGAGCUCUCCGCGCGCGCGGCUUGGGGAGCAGCUAGCCUUUCUUGCUCCGAGUCGAAGCUCCAAGCCGAUCGAUCCAUCGAUCUCCGUCGACCAGAGCUUGCAGAGAGGGGGAGAGCAGAGAUGCACGGCGGGGGAGUGGUACUCCCGGUGAGCGGCGGCGGCGGGCCGGGCCCCGGCGACGGCUACAGCAGCGAGAUCACCUUCACUGUGGUGAUGAGCUGCCUCAUGGCCGCCUCCGGCGGGCUCAUCUUCGGAUACGACAUCAGCAUCACAGGUGGGCUGACGCAGAUGCAUUCGUUCCUCGAGGCCUUCUUCCCGGACAUCAUCGAGAAGAUGAACAGCGCGGCGCAGGACGAGUACUGCAUCUUCAACAGCCAGCUGCUCACCACCUUCGUCUCCUCGCUCUACCUGGCCGGCAUGCUGGCCUGCCUGGUCGCCGGCCACAUCACCAAGAAGAUUGGGCGGCGGAACUCGAUGCUCAUCGGCGCCUCGCUCUUCUUCGUCGGCGCCGUCCUCAACUGCGCCGCCGCCAACAUCGCCAUGCUCGUCGUCGGCCGCGUCCUCCUCGGCUUCGCCGUCGGCUUCACCAACCAGUCCGCGCCGGUGUACCUGGCGGAGAUCGCGCCGGCGCGGUGGCGCGGGGCCUUCACCAGCAUCUUCCACUUCUUCCUCAACAUCGGCAUCUUCGUGGCCGACCUCGUCAACUACCGCGCCAACACCAUCCCCGUCUGGGGCUGGCGCCUGUCCCUCGGCGUCGGCAUCGCCCCGGCCACCGUCAUCCUGCUCGGCGCGGCCUUCAUCCCGGACUCGCCCAACAGCCUGGUGCUCCGCGGCAAGGUGGACGCCGCGCGCUCCUCGCUGCGGCGCAUCCGCGGCAGGUCCGCCGACGUGGAGGUGGAGCUCAAGGACAUCAUGCAGGCCGCCGAGGAGGACCGGCGGCACGAGGCCGGCGCGUUCCGGCGCAUCGUCCGGCGCGAGUACCGCCCCCACCUGGUGAUGGCCAUCGCCAUCCCGGUGUUCUUCGAGCUGACGGGCAUGAUCGUGGUCACCCUCUUCACGCCGCUCCUCUUCUACACCGUGGGGUUCACGAGCCAGAAGGCCAUCCUGGGCUCCAUCAUCACCGACGUCGUGAGCCUGGUGUCCAUCGCCGUCGCCGCGGUGGCCGUGGACCGCGUGGGGCGGCGGCCGCUCUUCAUGGUGGGCGGCGGCAUCCUGCUGGCGUGCCUGGUGGCCAUGGCGUGGAUCUUCGGCGCGGAGCUGGGCGCCGACGGCGGGAAGGCGAUGCCGCGGCCGUACGCGGUGGCGGUGGUGGCGGUGGUGUGCCUGUUCACGGCCGGGUUCGGCGUGUCAUGGGGCCCGCUCAAGUGGAUCGUCCCCAGCGAGAUCUACCCGCUGGAGGUGAGGUCGGCGGGGCAGGGGAUGAGCGAGGCCAUCUCGCUGGCGCUCACCUUCGUGCAGACGCAGUCCUUCCUCAACAUGCUCUGCAGCUUCAAGUACGGCACCUUCGCCUACAACGCCGGCUGGGUCGUGCUCAUGACGGCCUUCAUCUUCUUCUUCCUGCCGGAGACCAAGGGCGUGCCCAUCGAGUCCCUCCGCGAGGUCUGGGCGCGCCACUGGUAUUGGAAGCGCUUCGUCAAGCCGCUGCCGCCCGCGCCGGAGCUCAAGCUGGCGGAUGGGCCUGUCCGCGAGUAGUGAAAGUAGUAGGCCCUCAAAGAGCAACAAGGCUUUUGGGCGUUUCCGGGCCGAAGAUAACGUUUCAAGCUUUAGGACAUCUGAAUGUGCGCUCUAGGGUCUAGUUUGAAACGUUAGAUACUAUUUUUGGCACAAAUGUUACUUAGGAAAAAUUAUUACCAUGUCGAUGUUAGUUGAUACCGUAAUUUACUCGAGUUGGUCUUGUGUAAUAUACAAUUACCUUUGUGUGAAAAAAUAUCAUAAACUUACGACGCACUA